GAAAGAGGGCGCUGUUGCACGCACAAUCGGUCGUCUGGUCGAACUCUACAGCAUGGCAAAUUUGCUGUGAUUCUACACAACAAUUUCUGGUAAAAAGGAGGAAGAGCAGCCAAUCAAAAUGAGAUUUUCUUUCAAGUUUUCCAAUCUGCUUGGAGCAGUGUAUCGUCAUGGCAACCUAAACUUCAGCUCUGAUGGGAAUUGCAUCAUCAGUCCCGUGGGCAACAGGAUCACCAAGUUUGACCUCAAAAACAACAAGUCUGAGACCUUCCCUAUUGAAGCACGGAUGAACAUAAGCUGUGUGGCUUUAUCCCCGGAUGGCUCCACCUGCAUCAUUGUUGAUCAAGAGGGCGCCACAAUGUUGUGCAGUCUUAUCAGCAAGACAGUAUUACAUCAUCUACACUUCCAUCGACCAGUUACUGCAGUCAAAUACAGCCCCGAUGGAAAGAAAAUUGCAUUGACCAAGGAGACACUUGUGCAGGUAUACCAUGCACCAGGCAGCACCAGAGAAUUCAACCCAUUGUUGUUACAUCGGACGUACUACGGAGCAUAUGAUGAUACAACAUGUAUUGAUUGGUCUUCAGAUUCCAGGGUUUUUGCUGUAGGUUCUAAGGAUAUGCACACUCGUGUCUUUGCUACAUCAGACAUGGAACAGUUGGUUAUCUACACUCUAGGAGGUCAUAAAGACUGCGUUGUUUCUGUCUUCUUUGAAGAAAACUCACUGGAUUUGUAUAGCAUCAGUCGUAAAGGAGAACUUGUGAUCUGGGAAUGUGAUACGGACUUGAAGGAUCUACGACCUUUGGAUUCAUCAGCGAGUAACCAUAGUAACAAAGCAGAAAGAUCACUGUCUGCUGAACAAAGAACAAAAGAGAAUGAAUCGGUUGAUCGGAACAAGGCACUCUACAAGAAGAUAGCCAGACACUACCUCAACAAGGAGGGGGACUUCACACAGUUGACAUGUGCUGAUUUCCACAAGAAGAAUCACAUGUUAGUGACAGGCUUUGAAUCGGGGACCUUUCAUCUUCAUGAGCUACCUGACUUUAAUCUCAUCCAUUCACUCAGUAUAUCCAACCAGUGCAUAGCAGCAGUGAGUUUUAAUCACCCAGGGGAUUGGAUUGGGUUUGGUUGCUCAGGACUUGGACAGUUACUAGUCUGGGAAUGGCAGAGUGAAUGCUACGUCUUGAAGCAACAAGGUCAUCAUAACAACAUGAAUUGUUUGGACUUCUCACCUGAUGGUCAGCUGAUUGUAACAGGUGGACAAGAUGGAAAGGUGAAGGUAUGGAAUAGCAGCAGUGGUCUAUGCUUUGUGACAUUCAGUGAACAUACUGCAUCAAUCUCAGGAAUUACAUUCAGUGGUAAAGCAGGCAAGGUGGUGGUAUCCUCAUCACUUGAUGGUACAGUCAGAGCGUUUGAUUUACACAGAUACCGUAAUUUCCGCACCUUUACAUCUCCUCAUCCUGCUCAGUUUGUUUGUCUGGCUGUUGACUCCAAUGGUCAAUUAGUGUCUGCAGGAGCUCAGGAUAGCUUUGAAAUCUUUGUCUGGUCCAUGCAAACUGGACGUUUACUAGAGGUUCUUGCUGGCCAUGAAGGACCAGUAUCCAGCCUCAGCUUCAGCUCAGUGGCAGACAUAUUGGCUAGUGCAUCAUGGGAUAAGACAGUCAAACUCUGGAAUAUUUACGAGCACAAAGGUGCAAGGGAGACUCUACAGGUCUUGACUGAUGGUCUAGCCAUAGCCUUUAGUCCUGAUGGUCAGCAGUUAGCCGUAGCCACAUUAGAUGGUCAGAUCACAUUCUGGAAUGUUCAAACAGCCACUCAGACAGGAUCUAUUGAAGGCAAGACGGAUCUUGGAGGAGGGAGGAGAGAAGGUGAUAUGGUUACAGCUAAGACAUCAGCUGCUGCUAAAUCCUUCAACACUUUGUGCUAUUCAGCAGAUGGGACGUGUAUUCUUGCAGCUGGUAAAUCGAAGCAUGUUUGCAUCUAUAACAUACAAGAGCAGAUGUUAGUCAAGAGAUUUGAAGUGUCAUGUAAUCUCUCAUUGGAUGCUGUGGAGGAAAUGUUAAAUCGUCGUAAGAUGACAGAGUUUGGAAACAUUUCUCUGAUUGAGGAAGAUGGUGAUAGUUCUCAAGCAAUCAGUCUCCCUGGUGUUACUAAGGGAGACAUGAGUUCAAGAUUCUUCAAGCCAGAAGUCAACGUAUCGGGGGUUCAAUUCUCACCAACAGGUCGUCAGUUUGCUGCAACUUCCACUGAAGGUUUAUUACUCUACUCAUUGGACAAUGCCUUGACCUUCGACCCCUUUGAUUUGACGCUUGAGAUAACCCCCAGCAUGGUACGUGAUACCUUACAUCGUAAGGAAUGGAGUAACGCCCUUAUGCUGAGCUUCCGAAUCAAUGAAGCCAAGCUGAUUCAGGAAGUGGUAGAGUCGAUUCCAUUUGAACAAGUUGAGUCAGUAUGUCGGAGCCUUCCAAUGACCUACAUUGAGAAGAUGUUGAGUUUUUUAGCAACUCAACUUGAGUCAUCAGCUCAUCUUGAGUUCUAUCUGACUUGGUCUGAGUGUCUCUUAACCCUUCACUGUCCAAGUUUCCAGACUCAGUCUAGCUCUACCCAAGCAUUGCUGAGAUCACUGCAGAAAAGCCUGACUAGAAAGUUCCAAGAUCUGGGCAAAAUGUGUGACAGCAAUCGCUUCAGCUUACAGUAUAUCUUGACUCUUGGUAAACAGAGUUCCUCCAAACGAUCGGCAAGUGAGAUGGGAAUAGAAGAGGUUGAUUCAGAGGAGGAUAUUGAAGAGCAGACAUAUGAGAUGGAUUCCGAUAGUGACCAAUCGAAUCUUGCCCUUCUUUAUUGACCUUUGACCUGACUAACAUAAUGUCAUUGCAACUAAGGAAUCUACAUCUGUUCACAGUUGGCUGCAGUUUCUUGGAAUUCUGCAAACUAUCAUUUGCUCAUGUUAAAUCUGAUGAUGAUGAAGUUAUUGUUGCUAUGGAAAUCAACUGGAGAUGAUGCCCUGUUACCUUGGAAAUGUUUACUCUGUUGGCUGCAUACCUGGGAUAGGAUGGCACAACAUGUACGUUAUCCUAAGCUCACAACUGAACUCAUGACUUAUGUAUGCAACAGUGCACUGAAUCAGAGUAAUUUACCUUGCUUAUGGAUAUUCAUGCCUUGUGAAUGUACUUAUGUGCCAGUUCAUACUGUUGAAUUUAGGAGAUGGGGAACAAGACCAACUGUUGUUUAUUCCUGCCAUGUUUAAUGGAACUUGUUUAGAGUCACAUGAUUUCGGGGAGAAAAAAACAUGUUUUGAAAUUAGAACCUUAAUGGCCCAAACAGAUCACAAUUCACAUUAAGUGGAAACACGCAGAAAUAGUUUAAACAGCCAUUUAGUUAUUUAGGAUUGUGGAACUUUGUGCUAGCAAACCCUUAGAAAUGAAUUUGUGUUUUGGUGUAACUUGGAGGAUUUGAGAUGUCAUCAUCCAGAGUUUCAAAAUUUGUAUAAUUUACCUUGCAAAUGUUUGAAAUCAAAGAUUAUGUAAUAAAUCUUGUCAUUUUGAGAGUUGGUCAAACUUGCCGCAUUUCCUUGGAGAGAUGUACAUUUAACCUUGAUGUACAACUUGCUAUGAGAAACUAGAGCACAUUGAAGUAAAUUCUCUCGAAAUCAUGAAACGAAGGAAUUGAUUUGACUCCUUUUUUUUUCGCCUUUGAAAAAAGGGUUCUUUAUAUUGGUAUCCCUGUAUUCAUUCUGAGUGCAGGUGUAUGCAUGUACAUGUUGCUAUCAGCAAGAUACAUAUAGCUACGAGAAAUCUCUGGAGCAUUAUCAGGAUUAAAGGAGUAAUCAUCCCUCGUCUUUGUCCUACCUCACCACCUGCUGAUGAUAAGUCUAUUCUCCCGAGUCUUGAGCUAUGGCAUUGAUCCUUCCAUACAUGCAGAUGGACCACUAACUCACGCUAGGAAUUUGAAUUACAAAUUACAUUCAAAAUGGAAAGGGUUACUAGCAGAAUGAGAAUUUCAACCAAAGAUAGUCCAUUUUUUCUGGAUAUCCAAAAUCGUCAAACUCACAUCCUCAAGAUUCCAAAUUCAAAUCUACGAUCAAGUUGCAAAAAUCCCAAAUAACAUCUUGUUUUCACACUAGUGAUGUAAUCUUGAAUUUUUGGCUGUUUAACCUGAUCUUCAUGCUUUAUAAAGCAUAUGGUGAGCUACUCAGAUAACACUGUUAGAGACUGUGUGUGUUUUAUGUCUGAAAAACAUAUGCUUGCGAUAAAAAGUAGUUUAUGAUUGCUUCUUGUUAAGAGAAGAAUAAAGAAACUCACAAAAUACACUGAUA